GAGCUCCUUGACAACUUUCAGUUGAUUGCUUCGGUUACUCUGAUGCCACAGUCUUUUGGCUCAUCUUCAUGCUUUCUGCAGGCAGCUGUAGAUAGUCCAUUUUCAGCUAAUCACGACAGUUUGUCUAGCCAGAAGGUGCCGGCAGUCCUGGCUAGUACCGACGUUCUAAAAAUUAGGGGAAUUACGCCCCCACACACGAUGAGUUUACGCAAUAUCCUCAUUUCCAACGCAUUGGCCCGGAUAGCUGAGGAUCGAUUCCGCCCUGAAGUUGAGGCUGCAUCCUAUGCCAGACUGAUUCUCAAUGUGAAGUCCAGCAUGAAUUUUCCUUCGUAA